GGUCGGAUUUCUCCCAUGCGAAAAAUCAUUUUACCGCGUCGUCAGCCGAUACUCUUCUCCUCGUACUCUUCAUCGCCACUUCGGUGCCUACCAUCUCGCUAAUCAACCGUGUAAAGCUCGCGGCUAUCACGGAUAUCGAUGAUCCAUCGAUUCAAUUUCGCCACGACUGGUUGUUUUGCGACAUAUUCGUUUAUCGCCUGCGAAAACCAACGAAAUUACAUCCCCCGUCCCUCGAUCCAAUAGUCGAUACGAUACGAACGAAGCCUGUUAUUUUCAAAGCUGCUCGUUUCCCAGAUGCGCUUCGAAAGGCAGAGUUUGAAUAAUUUACCGUGGACGACGGGACUGGGCGUGCCUCGGAAAGGCAGCGUCUUUCCUUUUCGUGAAAACAGAAUUUCGUGGAAAGUUGCACGAUAACAUGCAUCCCGUUCUGUGCGUUCUCGUCUUUAGCAUGCUGUCUGCGGGUGAUUGCCGAGCGUUCGCGUACGAUCAUUCCUUCGUGCAGCUAAUCGACGACGCCGUCGGUCUGCUCUUUCCGCCGGUAAAAGUGUCGGCGUAUUUGUGCCACCUCGACGAAGAUACCGCGAUCACCUUGUCUAGGCUGAUGUCGAGUCACGGGCUAAUUCACGAGAUUCAUCGGGAUUUGGAGAGAUUCACGAGGGAACCGCACGACGCUUGGGAUCAUCGAGCAUUGUACGUGCUGGAUUUGGACUGCGACCAGGCGAUUUCGUUGUUGCGAACGGCGAACGAGAGUGGUUUCUUCGUCGCGCCGAUAAGGUGGCUUCUGCUUCAGGAUCGAACGAUCCUCCUCGAUAACUCGACCGAGAAUCACGAAUCGUUGGACGACGCGAAAAUCUUCAAUCGUAUGGCCAUCUAUCCCGAUAGCGAGGUGAUUCUAGUUAGAAAGCUUCGACAGGACUUCGCGGAGAUAUCGUCCGUCUACAGGAUCAGUCGUUAUCACGAGGUCACGACGGAGGAUCGAGGAAAUUGGACGCUCGAGGAGGGAGUUCGAAUCCGCGACUUCCAGCCUACUUCCAGACGACGCGCGAACCUUCGAUCAACGCCCUUGACAGCCUGCCUUGUGAUGAGCGAUCCCGAUACCAUCAACCACUUGACCGAUUUCAAAUACAAGCACAUAGAUCCAAUAACCAAAACCAAUUAUCCCUGGUUACUGCAUAUCGUGCAUCGAAUGAACGCCACCAUCGAAAUUCGGACGACCAACACCUGGGGAUACCGAAACGAGAACGGAUCGUGGAACGGCAUGGUUGGUAUGCUGCAAAGUCGUCAAGCGGAUUUAGGAGGCACAGCGACGUUUCUGAUUUCGCAACGCGUAGGAGUGAUCGAUUACGUGCAGCUUUACACGCGUACCAAAGCGCUAUUCGUGUUCCGUCAACCAUUGUUGUCCGCGGUCAGCAACAUAUUCAUUCUACCGUUUCAACGUUCCGUCUGGCUCGCCAUCGGCGUGUUUCUCUUGCUGGUCCUCGGUUUGCUCUGGUUAUCGUCCGGUUGGGAGUAUCAUCGAGAGACGUCGAAAAGCGGUUCCACGCUCGCGUACCGGCACCGACUGAAUCAGCCGCGGCAGACGGUCAGCGACAAUCUGAUGGUGGUGCUGGCCGCUGCGGCGCAACAAGGAUCCUCCUACGAACCGUACCGCGUUCCAUCUCGGAUCGUCACUCUGAUGCUUCUGCUCGCUGCCCUGAGCUUGUACACCUCCUACACGGCCAACAUCGUCGCCCUACUCCAGUCGACCACCGACUCGAUCAAAACUCUGGCCGAUCUGUUGCACAGCCCGCUAAAGUGCGGCACACACGACAUCGUCUACAACCGGUACUACUUCAAGUCGUUUCAAGAUCCGAUUCGAAGGGCUCUGGUGGACGAGAAGAUCGAGCCGAGAGGAAAAAACGGUUCCUGGAUGACGAUGGAGGAAGGCGUACGUCGUGUUAAAAACGAGCUGUUCGCGUUCCACGGGGAAACCGGUACGAUUUACAAGCUUAUGCAACAGACGUACCAAGAAGAAGAGAAAUGUGGAAUCACCGAGAUAGAUAUACUGAAGGUGAUGUAUCCGCUGUUCGCGAUUCAACCUCGAUCACCGUACAAGGAAAUCAUCAAGAAUACGGCCCUACUGUUGGGUGAAACUGGUCUAACGUAUCGGGAGGAAUCUCGGCUGUACACGGCGAAACCCAAGUGUCACGGUCGAUCGAGCGUCAUCAGUAUAGGAUUCACCGAGUGUUACUUUGCAUUUUUAGCGAUGGGUUAUGGCUCGUUGCUCAGCCUGCUUGUGUUCGCUGUGGAGUUUCUAUGGUAUAAGAGGUACGCAAGAAUACUUCAACGCUUUCGAUCGUUUUUCCAAUGCGUUCUUUUGCAGAUGCAUGCAGUUGAAAAACGAACAAGACGAUCACGACGACGACGAAGUUUGGAGCGUAAAGGAAGCGACCGAUGGAGACGAUGAUCCGGCGAACGUGAUCCACGAGCAAGAGGACACGGUAGACGUACAAAACCACGAUCUCCAAGGGAUGAACAUUCUUUUCGGUACGCGCC